ACACUCUCGUUCACUAUCUCGUGCGCAACCAAUCUUGUUUCUAAAAGCUCUCUUCCUCAACUCCGCGGCUUAGAUCCGAGGAGUUUGGGAAACCCUAAUUUCUUCAAAAGCAAUCUAAAGUUCUCCUUUUUGAUCACCGAUCUCCAUCAAACAACAUCAUCAGCAGUCAUGUCAGCAGUUGCACCAGAUGGAUCACUCUACGAUGCACGUCAGUUUGAUUCAAAAAUGAAUGAAUUACUUUCAGCUGAUGGGCAGGAAUUCUUUACAUCAUAUGAUGAGGUUUAUGAUAGUUUUGAUGCUAUGGGUUUGCAAGAAAAUCUUCUGAGGGGAAUUUAUGCAUAUGGUUUUGAGAAACCCUCAGCUAUACAACAAAGGGGAAUUGUUCCUUUUUGCAAGGGACUCGAUGUCAUUCAACAGGCUCAGUCUGGGACAGGGAAAACAGCAACUUUCUGUUCUGGCAUUUUGCAACAACUUGAUUAUGGUCUAGUUGAAUGCCAGGCGUUGGUUUUGGCACCUACUCGAGAGCUGGCACAACAGAUUGAAAAGGUGAUGAGAGCGCUUGGAGACUAUCUUGGAGUCAAGGUACAUGCUUGUGUUGGUGGAACAAGUGUCCGUGAAGAUCAACGCAUUCUGUCUAGUGGUGUCCAUGUGGUAGUUGGUACGCCUGGUCGUGUAUUUGACAUGCUUCGAAGGCAGUCUCUUCGUCCUGAUAACAUUAGAAUGUUUGUGUUGGAUGAGGCAGAUGAAAUGCUUUCACGAGGUUUCAAGGAUCAGAUCUACGACAUCUUCCAGCUUCUGCCAUCCAAAAUUCAGGUAGGGGUAUUCUCUGCUACAAUGCCACCUGAGGCCCUUGAGAUCACUCGGAAAUUUAUGAAUAAACCUGUGAGGAUUCUUGUGAAGCGUGAUGAGCUCACCCUGGAAGGUAUAAAGCAGUUCUAUGUGAAUGUUGACAAGGAAGAGUGGAAGCUUGAGACUCUCUGUGAUCUCUAUGAGACAUUAGCAAUUACUCAGAGUGUCAUUUUUGUGAACACUCGGCGCAAGGUUGACUGGCUAACUGACAAAAUGCGGAGCCGAGAUCACACAGUAUCUGCUACGCAUGGAGAUAUGGACCAGAAUACCAGAGAUAUCAUCAUGCGGGAGUUUAGGUCUGGGUCAUCCCGUGUUCUAAUCACCACUGAUCUUUUGGCUCGUGGUAUUGAUGUGCAACAAGUUUCGCUUGUCAUAAACUACGAUCUCCCCACACAGCCCGAGAACUAUCUCCAUCGUAUAGGACGAAGUGGUAGGUUUGGGCGAAAGGGUGUUGCUAUCAACUUUGUGACAACUGAUGAUGAUAGGAUGCUGCAGGACAUCCAGAGAUUCUACAAUGUGGUUGUUGAAGAGCUGCCUGCAAAUGUUGCCGAUCUCCUCUGAUGAGAUUUUUGUCCUAAAUUAUUGAAGUAGAUAGAGACGGAUUCGUGUGGUAAGUGUCAUCUGUUGUGUUUUUCUACUUUCUUUUAUGUUGUUCCUUGAAUAUCUUGUUUUAUAGGCAAGUGUUUUCAGCAAGAUGUUUGCAUCUUUGCAUCUUACUAUUUAAGUAAUUCUGUGCAAUGUUGAACUUAGCAUUACCAUAUUUACAAUGGGAGUCUUUAAUUUGCUGUA